CUUCAGUCAGAGUGGUGCUUACGUACAGGUCAGAAGUCCUAACGUGUGUGUGCGGGGAAAUUUCACGUCUUUUCUUUCGUGUGGAUUGUUUCAUACAUGGCGGUGCGGGUUGCAGAUUGCCUCGCUGAGAGGAUAUAGAAUCUGCCGGCGUUACACUAAGAAAUAACCUUUACUGACAGCCCGUGUGCGCACCAAUGGGCUGUAAUCCUCACAGCACUGUGCGGCCCACACACACUGCCUAAUCCCAGCUUCUCUACAAUCCUGACAGCAUUAUUCCACAGUUAAAGGUCCCAUGAAUGCUACUUCGUGGAAUGGAGGAUGAGCGGCCUUUCCCACGGGCUGGAGGUUUGUCAUUUCUUCCACCAGGCGGCAUAAACAUCGCAUCAACAUGGCGGAUGAUGACAAAGAAGAUUCUAAAUAUUUCGCCUUGCUCACAUCUACUGCAGAAAACAACAAUGGUCCCCAACAUUAUGAGCAAAUUAGCAACAAAUAUUUGGAAGUGGGCUUCGGUAACCAGAUUUCGAAAUCGUGGAGAAGUACAUCGAACCCAACUCCUUUCAAUAAAACAACCCAGAAUAACUUCAAGCAAUUCAUUUUCUCUACUCCACAUUGUGCUGAUUUUGGUGCUUUUUGGAAAGACUGACGCCCUCUGUCCGUCUCGAUGUUAUUGUAACGACGAAGCGCUGAGGGCGUCGUGUGAAGACGCAGGUCUUGAAGUCGUGCCAAUCCAGCUGAAUCCGAACGUGAAAACCAUCAACUUGAGAGACAACCGCAUCGGCGACGUCCACUUCACACUUGGCUUCUAUUCAAAUCUCCGUUCAUUGGACGUCUCGCGUAAUCGAAUCUCGUCACUGGGGUCUAAAAACUUUGAACUUCAAGAGAAACUUCUGAGCCUUAAUGCGAGCGGUAACCAAAUCGCCAACCUUAGCAAAUUCACUUUCAGUGGACUCAAAUCACUGAGAGUUCUGGACCUAAGUGGAAAUCUUAUUGAAAGUUUAGAUGGUGGCAUGUGGGAGGAAUCACCAAAUUUGUGGGAAAUUCAUCUCCGUAGCAAUAAAAUUAUCACCAUCGGUGAAGGUGUCUUCGAUCCAUUAAUUAACCUAAAAGUGCUAGACCUCUCAGAUAACCAGCUACUUGAUGUACCUACAGGUGCUUUAAGACGUUUACCAUCUUUGAGAACUUUAAAUCUUGCAGAUAACCUCAUGGAAAGUAUAUCAAGUGACGCCAUACCAAAUUUGCGAGACUUAAAAGUUCUUUCACUUGCGUCAAACGUGAUAUCUUACAUUCAUAAUGCAGGAUUUGACGGACUUCUGUCACUGGAGUAUUUGGACAUUAGUUAUAAUAACUUAAGUUUUAUUCCUAAGCAACAACUGUCAAAACUAAUGAGUCUAGGAGAACUUGACCUCAGUGGGAACCAGUUCUCCACAAUUGGACCAAUAGCUUUCCAAAGUCUCUUCGAGCUCCGGCGCUUAAGAUUGUGCAGACUUCCAAAACUUGAACUUGUCGACGUGAGAGCUUUUGUUGAUAACAUAAAACUCCAGAGCAUUUUUAUGGAAUACAACGUAGGACUUACCAAUCUUCCCACAAGACUUUUUCAUGGUAACCCACUUCUUGUUGACAUCUCCGUCCGUGGCAAUUCUUUCACACUUCUGGAUGCCUCUCAUUUCCCUUUGGAUCAGAUGGAUUCUCUGAACCUUGCAGGUAAUCCAUUACACUGCAACUGUUCCAUGUUUUGGCUAUGGACGUUGGCACGCAAACAGUACGAGGCAGAACAAAGAAAUGUCACAGUCCUGCCUCAGCCUUCAGAUGUAUCAGCAGCUCCUUCAGCAUCAACAAAAGUGGUGAACAAGAUUCUUCAACUGGAUAUUGAUGCUAUUCGAUGCGUGGGCCCAGAAACUGUUAAAAGGCUACUGUUGGUUGAUGUGCCAGAAAAAGAGGUACGAUGCGAUAUCUCUUGGUUAGCGGUCAUCAUUGUUACCGUUGUUGUAUUCUCACUGUUUGCAGUGACAUGUGGUUUCUUGUUGUUUCUGGGAAGUGACCGAUUUUGCAAGAAACCUGACACACUCACAGAGUUACCAAAUUACCAUCUCCGUCACCAUCAGAAUGGUGCUGUGCUUAUGGUAAUGCCAAAAAAGGACAAUAUGGAUGGACUGGAUGAUUUCAUGCUGAAAAAGAAGGAUUCAGAGGUGAAUGAGAUGCCAUACAAUCAUCAGCAUCCCUUAGCAAAUUGGGACCCUGUUAACAAAGGCAUUGGUGUUCCAGAUAAUAGAGCACUUGCCAUGUAUCAAAACCAAUACAGUGUGAAUGGUGAAGCGCACAAACCAGCACACAUUGUUUACGUUUUUAAGACGAAGAAGAUGUGGAGGUUAUGUGCGAUGUUGUUACUGGGUGUGGAACUCGGUGGAGCCACAUUGCCGGACCUGGAGUGUCCCGAAGAGUGUGAAUGUCACUACUUCAGGAUCAACUGGGUCACAGACUGUUCGGAAAGCAACUUAACAGAGAUACCUCACGAAGGACUCAGUCAAAAUGUGUAUAUCCUCAACAUGAACAGCAAUAAUGUCACCGACGUGCAGCCCUUCCCCGAGGACAUCAAGUUGAGACGCCUCCAGCUGGCGGACAACUUGCUAACUGGGCUCAAGAGGCAAUCCUUUGCAGGACUGGCCUAUCUACUGGACGCAGAUUUAUCUGGGAACCUGAUCACUCACGUAGACCCAGACGCUUUCAGGGACAGUCCAGGAUUUAUUACACUUGAACUGCAGGAGAAUCCUCUGGAACCCGUAGAUGGGCCUUUCUUGUCUUCCAGAUCGCUAAUGUAUCUGGAUCUGAGCGACUGUCAUCUGACGAGACUGUCCACCCAAUUCUUCACCCUUUCCACAUCCCUGAACAAACUCGAUUUGUCUGGAAAUCCCUUGGGAUCCAUAGAAGAAGGAAUAUUUGAUCCACUAACAAGCCUGGAGUAUUUACAAUUAAACCGUUGUAAUUUGACUCAUGUAGCUGAUACAGCGUUUAGGAAUGUGACGAACUUGAAAACACUUGAACUAUCUGAGAAUUAUCUUACAAUUGUGCAGUGGACAGUUGUGCUUGGUAAUCUGAAACUAUUGGACUCUCUAGACCUCAGAAAAUCAGCGUUGAAUAAUCUGCCUGGAAACGCUUUCGCAAACAACAGCUGGCUCAGAACUCUCGUCCUUGCUGAAAAUGAGCUGCGUGAUUUGGACGUUGCGACUACCCUAGGUCAGAAUCUUCUUCAGCUCGAUACAUUAGAUUUGUCAAACUGUCAUCUUAAAGGACCCCUAUCGGAAGAUGCAUUUGCCAACGCUACAAAACUUCGAACUUUAAUUCUUUCCGGUAACUAUUUAUCAGCUUUGGAUCUGUCUGUGGCAUUGGCACCGCUGACACGCCUCCACAAAUUGUCUUUGAGGAACUGUGGGCUCACACGUCUUCCACCAAACACUUUUCAUCGUCUGACGGCGCUAGAAGAAUUGGAUAUAUCUAAAAAUCCUCUGAAUGAUGUAUUUACUGGGAUUCUGUCACCUUUGGAGACACUGCAGAUGCUUGACAUGAGUUACAGCAAUCUAUCUCAUAUAUCACGUGAUACGUUCUCAAAAAUGACCCACUUACAACGGCUGGUUCUUUCUGGAAAUCGUCUUACUGAUCUUGAGUCUGGAUUGUUCCAGAAUCUAACUCAGUUGAGGACUCUUGAACUUAAUGAUUGUGGGUUGAGUCAUCCACCAGAUGAAGAUGUUUUCAGUACUGACAUCUAUGAAGACUUCCAGGAACUACACCUCGCAGGAAAUCCCCUUAUCAUAACCGAAUUAGAGCCAUUACUUCCACGACAAUUGAGCAAUGUACAGCUCUUAGAUAUGAGCAAUUGUAAUCUCAGAACUUUACCAAAGGAUGCUUUCAUGAAGACACCAAAAAUAACUACGCUUAAGUUAACAGAAAACCACAUCGGUCCAGGUUCGCUUGACCUGGAGUUCAUUAAACAGCUGACACAUCUUGAAACUCUGGAUCUGAGUAACAACAAUCUUAGUCACUUAUCACCAAAUAUAUUUUCAAAUAAUCCAAACAUUACGUCUCUGAAAUUAACAGGAAACCCAUGGAUAUGCGACUGCAGUAUAUAUGAGCUCUGGGAGUGGGCAUCUGUCACGAAAGGGAACUUGACGAUUCUUGUCGGAUCCAGAACUUCUCCCGAAGAUAUAAGCACCGGCAGUGGAAAACGCAAAAAAGGAUUAUUUUGUCAUUAUGAAUCUAAUCGUUUACCAUCGCCGAAGACACCGUCGCAGACACGAGCGAAGGAUUUGCACGCAAGUAGAACGUGGGCAAAAUACCUUAAAGAAUCGGGCUGUGUAUCGAACAGAGGUCCAAAAGCAGAGAGAUACAUAGAUGCUCGCAACACCGGGGAUGGUGUAACAUUUUAUCUGGAAGACUCGCCACCAACGUGGUUUGUCGUGGCUGCUUGCAUGUCACUUCUUGUUUUCCUUGCUAUGGUAUUUGGUACCUGCAUGGCAUUGUUCCUGAAGAAGGGGAAGAAGAAAAAUAUUGCAAGGUAUUCAGCAUCUGCCAUAGAUGUGGAAUGUGUACAAAGUGUCAUAGAAGUGGAAGUUACACCCAAACGACGUAGGAACCAGAAAGUCGUAUAGACCUUCAAAGAACAAUAUUCUCCUAUAUAAUAUUUAAAAUUCCAGUUCCUACCUCACAGGAAACACAAUGCAUAUUCUUUAUAAAGACC